AAGUUUGGUUGUUGGGUCGACCCUCAUUGGCUGCUGCGAAGGGACUCUGUGAAUGGCGUGAAAAGUGCCUGACUUGCAUCGUUCGCAGUGUCUGAGUAGUUUCGAGUCGCAGUUUGUGUCGCAAAGAUCCAUUAAGUUGUGACUUUGACCCUUUCACCCUUGUUUUCAACCCCAAGUUCGGCUGAAAAUCAUCCUAGUGUGUCAACCCGGAACCGGCUACCUCGCGCACUACGUCCCGUGUGCCACGAGCAUCACUCGCAAUUUGCUUCGCUUUCAUUUCAAGUUUGUCAACGUUUCGAAAAUUGGUUCCCAGUUGAUUUCCUUCUUCACCAAGAGAGCUCCUGCUCCGGACCCCUUAGCCGCACCAGCCGCUCAUGGAGGCACGGAAGAAGCGAUUCGAAGACUUGAAUAUCACCAGGGAUGAGAUUAAUAACAUUGGCAAGGCUCUGCAGCAAGACGAAUUCCGUAAGCUAUUUGUCGAAUACUGCGAAGAAGUGACAAGCCCUGAAAGUAAGAAACAAUACCAACAAGAAGUUAGAGAGCUUGAAAAACAACGUGGCGUUGAUGUCACGUUCAUCAACCCAGAGCCAGGCUUUGUUGUCAAGAGCAGCAUUGAUGGUGAGCGCAAAGCGUUCAUCAACAUCAGCAAAAAUGACCAAGUUGACAAACCGUCCUCGACUGCUGCUUCUCAGGAAGGAACUCAGGGGCAAAGAUGGUCUCUACCGUUUUCUUUGGCCCCGCCAAGAGAAGAUUAUGACAAACUCCGAAAACCCUGUACUGUCUUUGACGUUGUUUUCCACCCAGAAACUCACAAACUGGCGGAGAAAAACUCUGAGUUUCGCAAAAUGCUCAUCAACACAGCACUUGAUGCAGUCCAAGACAAUUGCAAAGUUAAACUAGACCGAAUUAAUUUAAAAUACCCCAAAAUGACCUACAAAGGUCUGCCGCAAGCUGCAGUUAUCCGAAAGAAGAUACCUAAUUAUAAAGGAGCUGAGGAUGCUGCUGGAUUUUUGGAUCAAGUACCUUACCCACCUGAAGAAAAUUCAUGGACCAAGGUUGAAAAUGAAAAGACUCCUGUUAAAAAGCAAGAAAAAUCUACAGGGUACACUGAGCCUAAGUAUUCUAUCAAGUAUAGACAUGGCGUUGACUUGUCAGACUUUACUAAUGAUGCAUCAUCAAGACUGAAUGCCACGGUGCCUAAAGCACUUGUCAUCUCCAUUGAUCUUCCUCUUCUGAAUUCUGCUAAGGACUUAUCCUUGGAUGUGUCCCAUAAGUCACUUGCUCUGCAGUGUGAGAAACCAAAAUACAAGCUAGAUUUGGUCCUGCCUUAUGGAGUUGAUGAAAAUGCGGGCAAUGCCAAUUUUGAUGUUUCUUUACGGAGAUUGUUAAUAGAAGUGCCUGUCAAGAAGACAGCACCUGUGAUAAUUGAUGUUGGUCGAGAAGAUAGUGGAGUGGAAAGCGACCCUGGUUCUAGACCCGAUGAAGAUUCUGAUGAAAAGAGUCCAAGUGACAUCAGUGACAAUGGAAAUGAUCCAUGUGACCCAAUUUCAUUGCAAGAAUUAUCUAUUGAAGACACGCAGGGUCUUACUUCCUCCCAUCAUGACAGCUUGCUUGAGAAGGAUGUUGCCUGCAUGCUGCCAAAUUAUUCAUGGAAUACUUUGAAUGAUAUGGUUGCAGUAGUGCUUCAUGUUAAAAACGUGGAAAGCAAUUCAAUGAAGCAAAGCAUCCUCUCUAAUGAUGAAGGAAUCAAACUUUCCUUUUCUUCCUUGGGUGGAGGUUUGUUUCCCCAAUCCUACAGUUUUUGUAUGGCUUUUCCUGGCGAUGUUUUUGUUGUGCCAGAGUCCCUAACUGUGGAAAUAUGGGAUAACAAUGUUGUGGCUCAAUUCAGUGUGACUCCCGCUGGAUCACCUAUCUCUCAAGUCUUGGUUGGUACAGGACUAAAUGACUUGCAGGAAAGAGAUGUCACAAAUCUUACUGCAAUAGAGCAGAAGAUAGCUGAUCUUCAGGAAAUGACUGAGAAAACUGUAUCUCAAUCGCCCUUCGUUGAAGUUCAUACUGCUGAGGAGAAUGAACUAGUUCUGGAAAUACAACCAUUUGAGAUGGAAGGAAAGAGCUCUGAAAAAGAUUCUGCUGAAGCUGUCCCUGAAUCUGAGCCUGCAAAAAACUUAUCUUCUCAAGACACAAGCCUUGAGAAAGGCCGCAGGAAUGCUGUCAGACAGCUCUCUGAGUGCAGCAGUGAUGAUCGGGAUGGUAAAAAAAUAAGAGGUAUUUUGAAGAAACGUCCCCUUCGCAGUCUCUCUGAGUCUAAUGCUGACGACUAUGCUUUUUACCAAUCCACUAGCCUCAGUGAUGAAUCUGCACCUAGUUCACUGAUGGGCUCUGUGUUGUGCAUUGGAGAGGCUGGAAGCGAAACUGGUUGUGACACUGAGAAUGAAGGUGGUGGUCGUCAAAGGAAGAAGAGUGUUCGCUUUAAUGAUAUUGUUUCUCAGCAGACGUUCAGGCCUCACUCAAGCAUUAUGGGUCAGAAAAAGAAGAACCAACGCAAGCAGAGAAACAAGAAGAGAGCUCAAGAACGGCGAGCUAGUGAAAGUGAGAACUCAGAACCUGACUCUGAAGUGGAUAAAGCUCGUCGUCGAGCUGUGCACUCGGAAGGAGAAAUCUCCGAUUUGGAAGAAAAGGGCAAGAGCAAAUUCCUGAAAGAACUUCAAGUAGAGCAAAACAUCCCUCAAGCAAAGAAAAUUUUGCGUCGAGUGAAUAGCUCAGACAUCGAGGAUGUUCAAAGCGGGAUGUUAAAACCUAUUGACUCAGCCGGUGACUCUGUCCUUGCCGAAGCCCCAGUGCUGGCAUUGCAAUCAUCUGUUGAUCAUGCAGAAAGUUCUGAAGAUGAGAGAGACAAGAAGACUGAAGAUAAGAAAAAGAAGAAGAAAAAGAAGAAGGGAAAGAAAGUUUCAGAUGCAGAUAAUGUCAAAACUGCCACAAAGCCUGAGUGCUCUGACUUCAAGAAUGAUUUGAUUCUUGAGCUUGAAAUGUAAUUACCUUGCACUGUUUUGGUAGGAUUGAUAGUUUGAUUUGUUGUAGAUCAAAUCAUAUGCCAACUAAGUGUAGGUCAAUAUUAAGAUUGACAUUGUUUGUUCAAGUGUGUCCAAUCUUCAAAGAAUUUAGUUUCCACAAUACUUGUUUAAAACACUCAUUCCUUCAAAAUUUUGCAUGGAUUGUUACGCAAUUAUGGACUUUAGAUACAUUCAUUAAUUAUUAAGUGUUGCAAUUGUACAUAAAUUUUAGCAAUUGUUUUUUAUGUAUGUCAUUGCAUACAGCUGUUGAAGAACCUCUGUAUUUUGGAACUUUUAUUGUGACCUUGAGUCAGAAAAUCAUGGUUUCUAUACUGCCUUUCCCUUGUGACAUGUUGACAUGUUUAUCUUUUAAAAGUUAUCUGUUGCCAAGUGCAAAGUAAUUUUUGAAAGUUGAAUCUGUGAUUUCGUGUUGGUAUGUAAAGGGUCAAAACUGGUCCAAGAGAGCUGUACUCAUUGCAUUAGUGUGCUCUUCACUGCCCACAUUUGUUACUACUGUGCUGUUAAACUUGCAUCCAGCAAGGUGAUAAUAUGGUGAUUUUGUUUGUUCCUGUAUAUUUUUAUCUCCUUUUUAAUUGUGAAAUUAAUUUGUGUUGAUUCAUCAAUUUAUCUGGUGGUAUGAACUUGAACCCCAGAAUCUCCUUUGAUUCUUGUAAAAACUUUACUUUUGAAAUACAAGUAGUGGUUAACAAA